GCGGCGCCAUGAGCACAGGCGCUGGAUCAAUGUUCCUCUUCCAAGUAGCAACAAUAACAAACACGAGCUAACAGCUAACAACACAAGGAAACGGGAGCACCGUCUCCCAAUCGGACAAGUUGAUCUGUAUUUAAUGUGAUAUUGUGUGAAUACAGGGCAGUUACGAGUGUGGUAUAAUCGUACAGCGAUUUUACAGCGAGACGACACUGUGUUACCUAACGUCAGCCCUGAGCAAGUUGAAUUCAGCAAUAAUUGACAAUGAUGCACUUUCAUGUUGGAGAUGUCUUCUUCCUGGUUUUCUGCUCCCUGUUUUCUUCAUCAUCUUAUGCCUAUAUCUAUGCUCAUUACUCCAACUCGACAUCUAUGUUGUUUGAGGAUCUUCCAGCUCUUUUUGGACCCAGCUUGCCCAAGGAUGGGCUAAUGGGAAUAUUGGUGGUAGCUCGUCCACUCAAUGCCUGCACACCAAUAGACACAGCACCUCCACUGCCUCCAAAUUUUGAUGCUAACACUACCAAAUUGAUAGCACUAAUAAAGCGCUUUGAAUGUAAUUUUGAUAUAAAGGUCCUACAUGCUCAACAAGCUGGGUUUGAUGCAGCCAUUGUUCACAACAUGUAUUCAGACACUCUACUGAGUAUGAACUACAGUAAUGAGACUCUUGCUGAUGAAAUUGAGAUUCCAUCUGUAUUUACCAGCUUCUAUGCUUCUCAAGUGCUCAAAAGUUAUAUUAUUCCAGAAAAGGGGGCCUAUGUGAUUCUUAAACCAGAUUUUAGCUUUCCACUCUCCUACUACCUGAUACCUUUUUGCGGUGUCAUUGGCCUCAUUAUUAUUGUGAUGUGUGUUGUCUUGAUCAUACGAUGUGUACAAUACUCAAAAAGGAUGAGGAAAAACCGCUUGUCCAAAGAACAGCUCAAACGCAUUCCGACGCAUGUGUUUUCGAAAGGAGAUGAUUAUGACGUGUGUGCCAUCUGCCUGGAUGAAUAUGAAGAGGGGGACAAACUGAGAGUCCUACCAUGUUCACAUGCUUACCACUGCAAGUGUGUGGACCCCUGGCUGACACAGACCAAAAAGACUUGUCCUGUGUGCAAACAGCGUGUGACUCGUCCCACUGCAGACCACUCAGAGUCUGAGUCUGAGGAGGAAGGAGGCCACCGCAGCGAGGAGGAAGGGACAGAGGGCGACUCUGAACGAACCCCUCUGCUGCGACCCUCCAAUCCUGGCUCUCCUUCUGGGAGUUUAGUGGACUACUCCGCCAUCAACCACACUACAAUGACCACUGCCCAAUGCCUGGCCUCCCCUGCCCGCAGUGAAUCCCCCAUAGUGGGCUUUGAGGGGUACUACUCCCAUGAGGAGAACACUGACACGGAGAGUGAUGACACACACACUGAUGAUGACACAGCUCAGCUCAUUGGUAGGGAUCAUGUCAAUGUUUGAUGGAUGUGAUUUUGAUAAAACAUUUGAAGUAAGUCAUCUAAUCUAAUGUGCUGUAAUAACAUGAAAGUGCAUAAACAGUACUACCUGUGUCUCAAAGCAAAUAUGAUCAUUGUAGAACAUAAAAACCCACUUGCACAUAGUUUACAUUACAUGCAUGUGAGUCACUCACUCACCAUCUGAUCUGACGUCUAGAUUUGCACAAAAUGAAAAACAAUAUGAAGCUCAUUAUAUUGUUCAUGGUUGAUGGAUUAGUGCAAUUAAUAUAACUAUUCAAUAUGCUUUAUCAUCUUAUUGAAGAAUUGGGAAACUUUGAUUCUUUCAACUAUUUAUUUUCCCCAGAAUUCUUUUAUUUUAUCUAAAAAUGCAUUACCUGCACGUUUUGCUUUCUGCAGUUAUUUCAAAUGUUGUGUUUGACAUUCUUUUAAUUGAACUGAGGAAUGUCUCUGGCAGUGACAAAAAAUAAUUUUUUAAACACUUUUUUUGCCUGUAGAUUUAUGUAUAUACAAUAUUUAGUACUUUUUGUAUUUUUAUAAGAAUUGAAACUAUAAACGACUGUAGGAAUUAGUUGGGGGGUUUAAAAAAGAGCAUUGCCUUAUAAUGGCCUUGAUUUAUGUGGUAUUUAUAUUUGGAAAUUAAGGGAUUGUUACACUCCUGCUGUCUGUACUGUGCACUCUAGGGAUGCACUGGUCCAGAAUUUUUAGUUCCGAUACUGAGGUCAAUGCUUUGGCCAUAUCUGAUACCAGUAUUGAUGCAUCCCUAGUGCACACCUGGUCACUGUUGUUCUGAUGCUCCUACUUUUAGGUACUUCUGAUUUUUUUCAUUCAUUGCUUGUGACGCUUAACUAAUACACAAUAUGUUUAGUGCACAUUUUAUUUAUAGUAGAUCUGAGAAAAAGAAAACUGAUAAUAACUAUUAACAUUCCAUUGUAAAUGUUAAAAGGAAUGACGACUAAAGAAAAUCUUACUUCCUUGUUUUUGUUACGGUUUCAAAGUCUUUGACUGAUUAAAAGUCUUUGGGAAAGUU